AUGUGCAGUGAUCCCUCAUUCCCUCGACUUGGUCAGAUGCUUAUAGAGUACGACCAUCCAUGGAAAAAGCUUUCAGAGGAGUUUGGUCCCCACACCAAGUCUGUGACAGAGGCUCUCCUCUCACUGCUCAUGGUGUAUCCGCGGAGGAAUCUUUCUGCUGACCAGUGGCGCAGCGCUCAGCUCUUGUCUUUGCUGGCGUCCCCCGCUGCCAUGCUCAGCCCUGCAUGCUGUGACACAAUGGCUUGUGAGUAUCUGUCCAUGGAGGCGAUGGAGCGCUGGAUCCUCAGUGAGUAUCUGUUAU